AUGAAGCGAUUCCUAUCCAUAUUAUCGAGUCUUACCGUAUAUCCACUCCUGGCAUUUGCCACGAUACCAGAGACCGAAGUCCCAGGGACGCUGAACAUAACUGCACUGACAGGAGAGAACGGCCAAUCAGCGCUAGAAUGCUGGCAACUUGAGCGCAGAUUCGACGUCUCAGAUGAUCCAGGUACUAAGGGCACUGCAGUCCUACCCCUAGACGGUCUCAGGGGGGAAGCAAAGUACUCUGUCCUUCCACCGAAUUUUAAUGGUGGCUUACACAACGCUCCUGUUGCACAAUGGGUGAUAUAUGUCUCUGGUGUGGCGCAUAUAACGCUUCCUAACAGGACGGAAGAAACAUGGAUACGGGGAGGUGCUAAUGGAGCCAUCAUUGCUGCGGAUACGGCGGAUGCCAGUGAAAGGGGCCAUUUCACCGUGUAUCCGAGUAAUAUACAGACUAUUGCAUGGCAGCUUCCAUUCAAGGAUGGGGCUCUGCCUAAACAUCGGGUGUUACACCGCGGAGCGUGUAAGCGGGAUGAAAGCUGGAGUUGA